UAAUAAUUAUGGUGUCGGCUGCCUUUUUUUUUUUUUUACAAAGUGCCUAAUUUGGUAACUGCUGGCCAAUUGGGAAUCAGCUCUCUUCCCAACACGUCGCCAAUGGCACAAGUCUCUUACUUCUGUUUUGCUCUGCUUCCUCCUUCAGCUUCCUCUGCUCCUUUUCGUCUGGAACUUCACCGGCGAAUUUCUUCUCCGUCUUUUCCAAUCCGAGCUGCUACUAAUGCUUCUUCUUCGUCUUCUACUUCUAUUUCCGGUUCGAAGCCAAAAGUCGUCGUCACAAGAGAACGAGGCAAAAAUGGCAAGCUCAUUAAAGCUCUGGCCAAACAUGGCAUCAGUUGCCUGGAGCUUCCUCUAAUUCAGCAUAUUCAGGGACCUGAUUUGGAUAGACUCUCUUCAGUAUUAAGUACAGAUACUUCAUUUGACUGGAUUGUCAUAACUUCCCCUGAAGCAGGCUCAGUAUUUCUGGAGGCAUGGAAGGCAGCUGGAACCCCAAACGUUAAGGUAGGGGUUGUAGGAGCAGGUACAGCCAGCGUUUUUAAUGAAGUAAUGCAAUCAUCAGGGCGAUCUCUUGACAUUUCCUUUGCACCAUCUAAAGCAACAGGCAAGGUUUUGGCAUCAGAACUUCCAAAGAGUGAGAACAAAAGAUGUACUGUUUUGUAUCCAGCUUCCGCCAAAGCAAGUAAUGAGAUUGAGGAAGGCCUGUCUAAUCGUGGAUUUGAGGUUAUGAGACUAAAUACAUACACAACGGUACCUGUUGAUCAUGUUGACCAAAUGGAGCUGAAGCAGGCACUUUUUUGCCCCGUCGUUGCAGUUGCUUCUCCAUCUUCAGUUCGUGCCUGGGUCAAUCUUAUUUCAGAAUCAGAGCAGUGGAACAAUUCAGUGGCCUGUAUUGGUGAGACAACUGCUUCAGCAGCAAAAAGCUUGGAAUUGAAAAACGUGUACUUUCCAACUCAUCCAGGUUUUGAAGGGUGGGUAGGGAGCAUCCUUGAAGCAUUGAGGGCACAUGAUAACUCCUAGGAGUUGAAGCUUUUCUGUUUCCCGCAUGUCCUCAGCAGGCUUACAAGGAGGCCUAAAGUAUAAGAUUGAUGCACUUCCUAAAAUGUCAAGGCCUGCAAAAGCUGGUUGCAGGGCAAUAUGAAAUUGUUUCAAGCAGCAAGCAAAAAGGUGGCAAAAUGUUUUGAUAUUUGGAGAGAUCAAGUCCAGUUGUCACAGCUCUAAUAUGAAAACCAUUGAGGUUUUUUGCUGGUAUUGCCAGCAAGGAAGCCUCUCAAUUUGUAUUUACAUU